UUCCGGCCAGUCCAAGAUGGCGGCGCGCUGGAGCAGCGAGAAUGUUGUGGUGGAGUUCCGGGAUUCGCAGGCAACUGCCAUGUCUGUGGACUGUCUUGGGCAGCAUGCAGUACUUUCUGGGCGUCGUUUCCUCUACAUCGUCAACCUUGAUGCACCAGCGGAAGGCCACCGCAAGAUCUCUCGCCAGAGCAAGUGGGACAUUGGUGCUGUGCAGUGGAAUCCACACGACAGCCACGCGCACUACUUUGCGGCUUCGAGCAACCAGCGCAUUGACCUGUAUAAAUGGAAAGAUGGGCAUGGGGAAGCUGGCACUUCCUUGCAAGGACACACACGUGUGAUCAGUGACUUGGACUGGGCCGUGUUUGAGCCAGAUCUGCUGGUUACCAGUUCGGUUGACACGUACAUCUACAUUUGGGACAUCAAGGACACCCGAAAGCCCACUGUCUCGCUCUCUGCAGUUGCCGGAGCCUCCCAGGUCAAGUGGAAUAAGAAAAAUGCCAACUGCUUGGCAACCAGCCAUGACGGGGAUGUGCGCAUUUGGGACAAGCGGAAACCUGGCACUGCUGUGGAGUACCUGGCCGCCCACCUCUCCAAAAUCCACGGCCUGGACUGGCACCCGGACAACGAGAACAUCUUGGCCACAUCCAGCCAGGACAACUCCGUCAGGUUCUGGGACUACCGACAGCCCCGAAAAUACCUCAACAUCCUGCCUUGCCAGGUUCCAGUGUGGAAGGCCAGAUAUACGCCUUUCAGCAACGGGCUGGUGACCGUGAUGGUCCCCCAGCUACGACGAGAGAACAGUCUCCUGCUCUGGAAUAUCUUCAACCUGAACACGCCGGUCCACACCUUCGUAGGGCACGAUGACGUGGUGCUAGAAUUCCAGUGGCGUAAGCAGAAAGAAGGCUCCAAGGACUACCAGCUGGUCACAUGGUCUCGAGAUCAGACGCUGCGGAUGUGGCGUGUCGAUUGCCAGCUGCAGAGGCUGUGCUCCAACGACCUCUUGGACGGGGUGGAGGAGCUCAUCGACGGGAUUUCUCUCCUGCCAGAGCCGGACAAGCCCCUGCCCGUCCAAGACUCCGAGCCCCAGCAAAACUCCAACCACGGAGAGGAGGAAGCCUUGAAAGAAGAAUCCCAGCACAGCCUCUUGGUGGGAAAGAAGCUGGACCAGUUGGGCCUGCCACAAACUUUGCAGCAGGAAUUCUCUCUGAUCAACGUGCAGAUUCGAAAUGUGAACAUGGAGAUGGACGCCGUCAAUCGCAGCUGCACCGUUUCCGUGCACUGCAGCAACCACCGGGUCAAGAUGCUGGUGAUGUUCCCCGCCCAGUAUCCCAACAACGCCGCUCCUUCCUUUCAGUUUGUCAACCAGACAACCAUCCCUUCCACCAUGAAGGUCAAGCUGUUGAAGAUCCUGAAGGACACAUCCAUGCAGAAAGUGAAGCGGAACCAGUGCUGCCUGGAGCCUUGUCUGCGCCAGUUGGUUUCCUGCCUGGAGUCUGUCGUGAACCAGGAGGACAACAAUCCCAGUAACCCCUACGCACUCCCAAACUCGGUCACUCCUCCUUUGCCGACCUUUCCCAGAGUCUCUAAUGCUUACGGGUCCUAUCAGGAUUCCAACAUCCCUUUCCCACGUACCUCCGGAGCCCGGUUCUGCGGGGCAGGUUACUUGGUCUACUUCACCAGGCCGAUGACAAUGCACCGAGCCGUCUCGCCGACUGAACCGACCCCCCGAUCCCUGUCUGCGCUCUCUGCCUACCAUAACGGCCUCAUCACCCCCAUGAAGAUGCGGACAGAGACUCCUGGCAAGCUGAUCUUGUACGGCGGAAGCCCCACGCGCAGUGAGAAGGAGCAGGUCUCCAUUAGCUCCUUCUAUUAUAAGGAAAGGAUGUCUCCUUGCUCUGCCAGACGGCGUUGGUCCAUACAGGCGAUUAACGACUUCCCGAAAUCCAGGCGAUGGAAGAGCAAACGAGAGGGCACAGACGCCAGCAACCGGCCCAUCAAAGCCGCCGGGAAGGUGAUCAUUCAGGACAUCUCUUGCCUGCUCCCUGUCCACAAGUCACUUGGGGAGAUGUAUAUCCUGAACGUGGCCGACAUUCAAGAGACGUGCCAGAAGAAUGCUGCCUCUGCUGUGACUGUGGGACGCAAGGACCUUUUGCAGGUCUGGUCACUGGCCACAGUCGCAACUGACCUCUGCCUUGGCCCAAACUCCGACCCAGACUUGGAGACCCCCUGGGCCCAGCACCCAUUUGGCCGCCAGCUCCUGGAAUCUCUGGUGGCCCAUUAUUGCCAGCUCCAUGACGUGCAGACCCUGGCCAUGCUGUGCAGCGUCUUCGAGACUCAGUCCCGCCCACAGGGAGCUCCGAUUUCCUCUGGACUCUUCCCUUUGCGCUCCUCCAGCCACAGCCGAUAUCCCAGCUUUACCUCAUCAGGCUCCUGUUCCAGCAUGUCGGACCCUGGACUCAGCACCAGCAGCUGGAACUUAGCUGGCAAGGAGGUGGAGCACACGGCAGCCUGGUGUGAGUCUUCACCCGAGGACUUCCGCUUCGGCAACUUGGCGUACACUGACCACCGAGACCGCGAGAAGGAUCAGCACGACAGAAACAAAAGGCUCCUGGACCCAGCCAACACCCAGCAGUUCGACGACUUCAAGAAGUGCUACGGGGAGAUUCUCUACCGCUGGGGCCUGCGAGAGAAACGGGCUGAAGUCCUCAAGUUUGUCUCUUGUCCCCCUGAGCCUCACAAGGGGAUUGAGUUCGGAGUCUACUGCAGCCACUGCCGCAGCGAGGUGCGUGGCAUCCAGUGCGCCGUCUGCAAGGGCUUCUCGUUCCAGUGCGCCAUUUGCCACGUGGCCGUGCGGGGCUCCUCCAACUUCUGUCUGACCUGUGGGCACGGGGGGCACACCAGCCACAUGAUGGAAUGGUUCCGCACCCAGGAAGUGUGCCCCACCGGCUGUGGGUGCCAUUGCUUGCUGGAGAACACUUUCUGACGGAGCAC